AUCCACAUCCGCGGGUUCCAGUAGAGGAGAUGGCGUCCCGCCCAUCAGCGUGCCAGUCUACGACGAGAAACAGAGUCUUCGGAAGACGACUGGGACGCGAAUGGAAGAAUCUCUGGAUGGAUUGAAGUGUAUGAAUUGAGAGCCCUGUUCGUUAUUGGAGAGCGCGAGGCUCGCUCAAGGUCCCAGGAUUGUCGACAGGGCGUGGACAUGGCGCUCGCAGGGACAGCGGUGGCAGUCCAUGGACUGUCCGGAAGCCUCGUGGGUUGUGAAAAUUUUGGGUCGGAGCAGGUCUCGUGCUCUCGCGGUUGUGCCUCGCAGUCUCGAAUUCUUGCGUGUAGCAGAUUCGGGUGCUCCGCUGCACUCUCGUCCGGCUUGCGCCUGAGGGAGGUAGUUUCUCGGAGCAAUCGAAGGAGGGACAGAUUCGCCGUCUUUGCUGCGGAUGAGAGGAAUGAUACUGAGAGCAGUGGGUCGUCAGAAGCGGAUGUGGAAGCGCUCGAGAGUCGACUGGGUUUAGGGAGGAGGCAGAGACGAGAAGGCGGGUCGGGGGAGCCCAAGCCUAGACCUCCGCCUCCUUCUCAACCGCAGGUGGAGCGGAAAUGGGAGGAUAUGAGUUUGCUCGAGCAAGCAUGGUCCCUUUACAUCGGAGAGAAAGGAUUUCUGUUCUGGCUUAACAAACUCGCCUACGCGUCCAUUUUUGGUCUUAUUGGAGGAUGGAUUGUUUUCAGAUUUGUCGGUCCCGCCUUGGGCUGGUACGAAUUGGACAGCCCUCUUCUUCCCCCGGAUCAGCUACUCGGCUGAGGUUUUGUUAAAGCUAAGUACGCUCAGUUGCCAAAUUCCAACCACCGAUUGAAUGCAUGUUCAGAUGGAUAAAUUCGUGAGGCGUGUUUAGACCUCUCUGUAAUUUGUUAGAAAUAUUCUCAUCAGAUGUAAAGCUGGCAGUUGCCCUCUGGGUUGAUUGUGCAAGAUGUGCUUUUCUGUUAUGGCAAGCUUUUGUAGUACGAAUUUGCUCAUUAGCAAAUUAGAAGUCAGAAGCUGUAGGCUGAGUUCGAAGAGAAAUGAUUAGAAGCCGUAACCUUUUGGACUCGAUUGAAAUGUCAACGUACUGCUCAUAAUGAUUGUAUAAUACAGUUCAAAGUCUGAAGUGUCAGCACU